GCGCGGCAGGGUCAGCUGAGUGACAGUCACGGGACUACGACCAGCUCUGUCUGGCUUCCCGGAGGAGAAGGAAGGAUGAGCGGGGGUCUCCAAGUGUGGCAGGACAUGGAAAAGGAGCGAGAGGCUAUGCAGACCUGGAAAGAGCGCGUGGAGCAGGAACUGGACCGCGUGGUGGCUUUCUGGACGGAGCACUCUCACGACCAGGAGCAUGGGGGUUUCUUCACGUGUCUUGGUCGAGAUGGGCAGGUGUACGAUGACCUCAAGUAUGUUUGGCUGCAGGGGAGGCAGGUGUGGAUGUAUUGUCGCCUAUACCGAAAACUUGAGCGAUUCCGCAGCCCUGAACUUCUGGAUUCCGCCAAAGCAGGUGGCGAAUUUUUGCUGCGUUAUGCCCGAGUGGCACCUCCUGGAAAGAAGUGUGCCUUUGUGCUGACGCGGGACGGCCGCCCGGUCAAGGUGCAGCGGACCAUCUUCAGCGAGUGUUUCUACACCAUGGCCAUGAACGAGCUGUGGCGGGUGACUGGGGAAGCGCGUUACCAGAAGGAAGCGGUGGAGAUGAUGGAGCAGAUCGCGUGCUGGGUGCGGGAGGACCCAUCGGGGCUGGGCCGUCCGCACCUCCCCGGGGCCCCAGCCUCCGAGUCCAUGGCAGUGCCCAUGAUGCUGCUCAACCUUGUGGACCAGCUCGGGGAGGCGGACGAGGAGCUGGCAGGCAACUACGUGGAGCUGGGGGACUGGUGUGUCCAGAGGAUUCUGCAGCACGUCCAGAGGGAUGGACAGGCUGUGCUGGAGAAUGUGUCCGAGGACGGUGAGGAGCUUUCUGGCUGCCUGGGGAGGCACCAGAACCCAGGCCACGCGCUGGAAGCUGGCUGGUUCCUGCUCCGUCACGCCGUCAGGAAGGGUGACCCCAAGCUCCGAGCCCACGUUAUCAACAAGUUCCUGUUGCUGCCCUUCCGCUCUGGCUGGGACCCUGACCACGGAGGCCUCUUCUACUUCCAGGAUGCUGACGGCCUCUGCCCCACCCAGCUGGAGUGGGCCAUGAAGCUCUGGUGGCCACACAGCGAAGCCAUGAUCGCCUUCCUCAUGGGCUACAGUGACAGCGGGGACCCUGCCUUGCUGCAUCUCUUCUACCAGGUGGCUGAGUACACCUUCCGCCAGUUUCGGGAUCCUGAGUACGGGGAAUGGUUCGGCUACUUGAACCAAGAGGGGAAAGUCGCUCUCACCAUCAAAGGGGGUCCUUUCAAAGGCUGCUUCCAUGUGCCGAGGUGCCUCGCCAUGUGCGAGGAGAUGCUGGGCGCCCUGCUGAGCCACCCAGCUCCAGCCCCGGCUCCAGCCCCAGCCCCGGCCCGGCCGCCUCGGCUUCGCUUUGGAGCGCGGCGGCAGCUGACUGCGCGUUUACGACCCGCUGGGAACCGCGUGCCCCGCCGCCGUUAUGAACAUCCGCAAUGCGAGGCCGGAGGACCUCAUGAACAUGCAACACUGCAACCUCCUGUGCCUGCCCGAGAACUACCAGAUGAAAUACUACUUCUACCACGGCCUCUCCUGGCCGCAGCUCUCUUACAUCGCUGAGGAUGAGAAUGGGAAGAUUGUGGGGUACGUCCUGGCCAAAAUGGAGGAGGAUCCAGAUGAUGUGCCCCAUGGACAUAUCACGUCGCUGGCUGUGAAGCGUUCCCACCGGCGCCUCGGCCUGGCUCAGAAGCUGAUGGACCAGGCCUCGCGAGCCAUGAUCGAGAACUUCAAUGCCAAAUACGUAUCCCUGCACGUCAGGAAGAGUAACCGGGCCGCCUUGCACCUCUAUUCCAACACUCUCAACUUUCAGAUCAGUGAAGUGGAGCCCAAGUACUACGCGGAUGGGGAAGACGCGUACGCCAUGAAGCGGGACCUCACUCAGAUGGCUGACGAGCUGAGGCGGCACCUGGAGCUGAAGGAGAAGGGCAGGCACGUGGUGCUGGGCUCCAUCGAGAACAAGGUGGAAAGCCGGGGCAACUCACUUCCAAGCUCGGGAGAGGCCUGUCGUGAGGAGAAGGGCCUGGCUGCUGAGGAUAGCGGUGGGGACAGCAAGGAUCUCAGCGAGGUCAGCGAGACCACAGAGAGCACCGACGUCAAGGACAGCUCAGAGGCCUCUGACUCCGCCUCCUAGAGCCUGCACUUGCUCCUC